AUGAGCCGGCGAAGUCGUCGGCUGCACGUGCGCCUGCUGCGAGCUGCAGCCGUCGCCGCUGCCGGGACAUUUGUGUAUCGGCGGUGGCAUCUUCGCUCCUCAAGUGCACUGCCGGCAUCGACCUACCGGUCAGCCAGUGGACCCGGCGAUGUCAGCAACAGUCCCGCACGCCGCUCUUCGCGCUGGGCGGCGCUGCAGCGGAGUACGGCGGCGGAUCCAUUUGACCUCCUUGUUAUCGGUGGAGGCCUUACAGGCCUCUACACUGCCGUCGACGCGGCACAGCGCGGGCUACGAGUGGCUUUGGUCGACGCGGCAGACUUCGGCGGAGGCAGCACAACCUCGUGCAUGCCUUCUGUCUCUCCAGGUGCGCUGCCUUACGUGCAGCGAGCCAUUCGACAGCGCAACUGGGACUGGCUGCGGAUGGCGGCAACAGUGAUCGAGGAGGAGACAACGUGGUGCAACGUCGCGCCGCGGUGCGUGUCAGCCCCUGACACUCUGCUGCGACGCUGGCAGAGCUGGCGAUGGGGAGGCACCGUGGGCGGAAGCAACUGCGAAAUAGCGACCAGAGCAGGGGCCACCAAUGAUAACACCGCUUCCUCGGUACACGUGACCGAACUUCCAGCGAGAACUUCAUCGUUAUUGUCUGUUGAUUCGACGCGUACCAUAACGACACUGCUGCCAGCCUUGCACACCUUGGAGAUGGUUGAGUACGUCUGCGCAGCGAUGGUGAGUACGGUGAUGAGCAUCUUUUGCGGUCCGUUUCGUCCAAACAUCGUGCUGCCUCGGUUCGCCGUCGAAGCACGUCUACCGGCCCUCGCACAGAGCUUGGCGCCGUCUUCCUCAUCCGUGCAACUUCGAGGCGGCGUCAUAUCCAACGACUUUGCGCUGCACAACAAUACAGUCGCCGUGUCGCUCGCACGCACCGCAGAGGAGCUUGGCGUGACUGUCUUAUCCUACGUCCCUGUGUUCUCCAUCCAGGAGGCCUCUGCGCCGACCAACACGGAGAUGUGCUCAUCGUCUAGCUCGACCCGCGCCUCUUCGUGCGCGGCCGUCAUGCGGGUCUCUGUUCAAGACGCGCUGGCUGCGAAGGCAGCCACGGCGAGUUCGCCAGUGUCGCCUGAGCCGGCACGGUUUCCCUUCUUGCGGCGGCGGCGGGGACAGAGCAACGCCUCGUCACACCCAUCCACUGCCGAUUUGGAUGCAUCGACAAGAAGUGUAGCGUUGAAUCCGGAUGCGGAGACCACGGCAGACGUCUAUGCACGCAGCGUUGUCAACUGCACAGGCUGCUGGGUGGAUACCGUCAAGGCCAUAUACGAUAAAAAUGCCUGUGACACAGUUCCGGCUGCAUUUGCCGGCUACCAGGCGUACUCCUACCUGAUAGCUCCUGCCAACGCCGUGCAUGCUGUGCCACCCCCACCAACGCCACCCACAGAUGGACACGAGGUAAGACAGGAAACAGUGGCCUCAUUUUCGCCGCUUUCGGAGACAAUGCAGACCGCGGCGCUACUCUUUAGCUCUCCGAGAUUGAGCUUUGCCUCAGUGAUGGUGCUACCUUGGUGGGACCAGUGCGUGAUGCUGGGGCCGAGCAUAUCUUUUCUCCCACAAUUGCCGGCGACUGCGGUGGCGAACACCAACGCCGCGCUGCGCCCUGUGGACGGGUAUGCCGCCCAGCGACAGCGUACGCUCUCGAUGCUGAGUAGCGCCGGCGUGUCUGUGGAUGCAUCACGCCUACUCUCGUGCGUGUCGCAAAUUGUCCCGCAUAUGAAGGGACCCAAAGAAGUGCCGUGGGUUGGGGCACUUUUGCAUCGAAGCUACGCCUUGCACUUCUCUUCAGUGCCACUGCACCGGGUAGGCGACGAGGGUGGCGUUGAGCAAGCUGUGUCCUUUGCUGGACAUUCUGCAGGCGUCACUGGUGGCGUUGCUGGUGUUGCUCGCCGAGACGUCCCGCUCCUCCACGUGUACGGCGGUGCCCCAGUGUUGGCACGCCGGAUUGCUGAGGAGGUGGUCGACGCCCUUGUGUACCACGAGCCGCCGCUGUUCUCACAGAAGACGCUCAAGAAGAUCCACCGGUGCCGCACGCGUCAUCUUCAACUGGUCACACCGACUUCCCUCUGCACCGCUACGAAUUGCGGGCUGAUGGACGCACAGGCGCGUCUGGUGGCCCUUGUGAAGGACACAUACGCCGAGCGCUUAGUGGACGUUUUAGCCCGCCGCACCCAUGUCGCGUACACGAGCCCCAUCGAAGCCCUGCAGGCCAUACCGACGCUGGCGAACAUCAUGGGUGAUCUGCUGCAGUGGGAUGAAGCCAGGCGAUUAUCAGAGAUCGAAGAGGCGCGGCAUCUUGUGCACAGCGUGACAGUGGCUGUGUGA